UUCCACAACAUCGAGGAGAAGGAGGCAGCACAAUUUCGACCAGGCCCAAGGAUUUAAUCAUCAUGAUACUCUCUCAAGCACCAUGGAUUCUCCAUCUUCCCCCGACUGGGCAAGGGACCAACCUUCGUCCUGCACCAACCAAACGAUUUCAGCUAGUCUGUACACUCAAUUCGACUACACGAACCACAAUCAUGACGGACUCCAAAUAUUUUACAACAAACAAAAAAGGGGAGAUCUUCGAGCUGAAGGCCGAGCUGAACAAUGAGAAGAAGGAGAAGCGAAAGGAGGCUGUCAAGAAAGUCAUUGCUGCAAUGACAGUGGGCAAGGAUGUCAGCUCUUUGUUCCCAGAUGUGGUCAACUGCAUGCAGACCGACAACCUGGAGCUGAAGAAGUUGGUGUACCUCUACUUGAUGAACUACGCCAAGAGCCAGCCGGACAUGGCCAUUAUGGCCGUCAAUAGCUUCGUCAAGGACUGCGAGGACCCCAACCCGCUCAUCCGGGCCUUGGCUGUCCGCACCAUGGGCUGCAUCCGGGUGGACAAGAUCACAGAGUACCUGUGCGAGCCGCUGAGGAAAUGCCUGAAGGACGAGGACCCAUAUGUGAGGAAGACGGCUGCGGUGUGCGUGGCCAAACUUCACGACAUCAACGCCCAAAUGGUGGAGGACCAGGGCUUCUUGGACUCGCUGAGGGAUCUCAUCGCUGACUCCAAUCCCAUGGUUGUUGCCAAUGCGGUUGCCGCCCUGUCCGAGAUCAGCGAGUCUCACCCCAACAGCAACCUGCUGGACCUCAACCCCCAGAACAUUAACAAGCUGCUGACGGCCCUCAACGAGUGCACCGAGUGGGGCCAGAUCUUCAUCUUGGACUGUCUGUCCAACUACAACCCCAAAGAUGAGCGUGAGGCCCAAAGCAUUUGCGAGCGCGUCACGCCGCGGCUGUCACAUGCCAACUCCGCAGUGGUCCUGUCCGCCGUCAAGGUACUGAUGAAGUUCUUGGAGCUGCUGCCAAAAGACUCAGACUACUACAACACCCUGCUGAAGAAGCUCUCACCGCCGCUCGUCACCUUGCUCUCCGGCGAGCCCGAAGUCCAGUACGUGGCGCUGAGGAACAUCAACCUCAUAGUCCAGAAAAGGCCUGAGAUCCUGAAGCAGGAAAUCAAAGUGUUCUUCGUCAAAUACAACGAUCCUAUAUAUGUGAAGCUGGAGAAACUGGACAUCAUGAUCCGCUUGGCAUCACAGGCAAACAUUGCUCAGGUCCUGGCUGAGUUGAAGGAGUACGCCACAGAGGUGGACGUUGACUUUGUCCGCAAGGCUGUGCGCGCCAUUGGCCGCUGUGCCAUUAAAGUGGAGCAAUCGGCGGAGCGCUGUGUCAGCACCCUGCUGGACCUCAUCCAGACCAAAGUCAACUACGUGGUGCAGGAGGCCAUUGUGGUCAUCAGGGACAUCUUCCGCAAGUACCCCAACAAGUACGAGAGCAUCAUUGCUACCCUGUGUGAGAAUCUGGACUCUCUGGACGAGCCCGACGCUCGCGCCGCCAUGAUCUGGAUCGUCGGCGAGUACGCCGAGAGGAUCGACAAUGCCGAUGAGCUGCUUGAGAGCUUCCUUGAGGGCUUCCACGAUGAGAGCACCCAGGUGCAGCUCACUCUGCUGACCGCCAUCGUCAAGCUCUUCCUGAAGAAGCCGUCUGAGACUCAGGAGUUGGUGCAGCAGGUCCUCAGCCUGGCCACUCAGGAUUCCGACAACCCAGACUUGCGUGACAGAGGCUACAUCUAUUGGCGCCUGCUGUCCACAGACCCAGUGACCGCCAAGGAAGUGGUGCUGUCCGAGAAGCCCCUCAUCUCCGAGGAGACGGAUCUGAUCGAGCCCACCCUGCUGGACGAGCUCAUCUGCCACAUUGGCUCUCUGGCGUCCGUCUAUCACAAACCACCAAGUGCCUUUGUGGAGGGCAGCCACGGAAUCCACCGCAAACACCUCCCUGUCCAGCAUAGCAGCAUUGACACAGGGGAGAGUCCGGUGAGCGGCGGGCCAGUGGCCCCCAUGGACCAGCCGCACGUCAUCCCCAGCCAGGGCGAUCUGCUGGGCGACCUUCUCAACUUAGACCUGGGCCCUCCUGUCAACGUGCCCCAGGUCUCCUCCAUGCAGAUGGGUGCUGUGGACCUUCUGGGAGGCGGUCUGGACAGCUUGCUGGGGGGAGACCUGGGCGGCGGUGUUGGGGGAAGUCCAGCUGUGGGCCAGAACUUCAUCCCCUCAUCCGUUCCGAGCGCUUUUGCUCCUUCACCCACUCCGGCGCCGCCGGCCGUCAGCAACAGCGGCCUCAACGACUUGUUUGAGCUCUCCACAGGCAUGGCAAUCACAUCCGGAGGCUACGUGGCCCCGAAAGCUGUGUGGUUGCCUGCGGUUAAAGCCAAGGGACUGGAGAUCUCCGGAACCUUCUCUCGGCGCCAGGGCCACAUGUACAUGGACAUGACCUUCACCAACAAGGCCCUGCAGCACAUGACAGACUUCGCCAUCCAGUUCAACAAGAAUAGCUUUGGGAUGAUUCCGACCAGCCCGCUACCCAUUCACACUCCGCUGAUGCCCAGCCAGGGCAUCGACGUCUCUUUGCCCAUUAACACCAUUGGGCCAGUUAUGAAAAUGGACCCUCUUAACAAUCUCCAGGUGGCUGUGAAGAACAAUAUAGACGUAUUCUACUACAGCGUCCUCAUCCCUCUCAACAUAUUCUUUGUUGAAGAUGGAAAAAUGGAGCGACAGGUGUUCCUUGCCACCUGGAAAGACAUUCCCAAUGAAAAUGAGCUGCAGUACCAGAUAAAGGAGUGCCACCUAAAUGCAGACACGGUGUCAGGCAAACUACAGAACAACAACAUCUACACCAUCGCUAAGCGGAACGUAGAGGGUCAGGAUAUGCUCUACCAGUCCCUCAAACUUACCAAUGGUAUCUGGAUCCUGGCUGAGCUGCGCAUCCAGCCAGGCAACCCCAACUACACGCUGUCCCUCAAGUGUCGGGCCCCUGAGGUCUCUCAGUACGUGUACCAGACGUACGACGCCGUGCUGAAGAACUGAGCGGUUUGCUUCACUCCCGCCAUCCAACGGCAGUGUUACAUUUCUGCUUAACAUGGAGGCCAGGCCCACAUUUCCUCUCAGUAGACUAAAAAAAAAAAAAAAUAGGUAAAUGUUAUAUAGUUGUUAAUGCAGAUGUGUAGUCAUUGUGUUCACGGUUAAAUAUUCACAUUACAGCUUCUUUCACAAUAAGUUUAAAUGGGAACAAAUGUUAUUGGCAGUUUGGACAGCAAACGUGUCAAUCAUUCCAUUCUUAAACGUCUUAAUGUUGUGACGGAUCAAAGUGUGUUUACUCAAUAGAGAAAUUUCAUUUUUGUCCCUACACAUCUAGGCCUAUUUAUUUUUUUUAUACAACCGACUAUUUAAAAAAAAAAAUUCAAACUCAAGAUUUAAGCGCACAAGAUUUAAUACCACUCCAUCAUUGUCACCUCAGCUAUCUUUUUGGAUGAGUUAGCAUUUCCCGUUAAACUGGUGUUUUAGUUCAUAACCAAAUUAUUAGAGCACUGUCACUCUAAAGCUAAAUAUAAUGGACCUUUUCCAGCAUACCAGUGCACGAUUACAACUGUAAAUUCAGUGUGGUUUCUUACCAAAAGUUGCUUCCCAGUUUUCUAGUCAUCCCACUAUUGAAAACAUGUAGUCUGCUUAAAAAAAAAACAAAAA